AUGGACAUGGACGUCCACAGUAACAAGAAAAAUAACAGAAACAUCAGCAUCGACGACAUACUUCCUGCAGAGUUGGUACGAGAAAUCUUGAUGAGGAUUCCCAUAAAAAACCUUGUGCGUCUAAGGUGUGUUUCCAAGCUAUGGAACACUUUGAUCUCAGACCCCAACUUGCCAAAAUCCCAUUUUGAUCUCUCUCUGGCACCAUCGCAUAGACUCCUCGUCUAUCCCGACGAUUCCACCAAGCCAACAACUGUUGAUUUAGAUGCACUCUUUCUAGAUGGUCCUUCUAAAACAUCAACAAAUGUCUCUUUCCCUUCCAAUAAGGAAAACCAAUCAGAUGAUGAAGUCUAUAUAUUCAAUUCAUGCAGGGGUUUCAUAGCUCUAUUCGAAGACCCACAUUAUAUUGUCAUAUGGAACCCAUUAACUAGAUCUCACAGAGUAUUUUCAUGUGAGGGAUACAAGAAUUAUAGUCCUAUGCGGAAGCUUCUCAAGCGCUCCGCUAUGUUUGGCUUUGGAUACGAUGCAUCAGAAGAUGACUACUUGGUUCUUCUCGCUUGGAGGAAUACCAGACAAAUGGAAGACUGCUUGGGUUUAUUUUCUUUGAGAACCAAUUCAUGGACGACUUCUAAGGUUACACUUCCAAAAGACCCUUUAAGGAAGAGAAUUAUCUCGCUGUCUGGGGUGUUUCUCAAUGGGGCUAUUCAUUGGUGGAUUGCCCCUCGUUUUGGUACUGGUAUUGAUUCUGGUGGUGCUAUUAUUCUUGUCUUUGAUAUGAUUGAAAGGCGUUUCUGGGAGAUGCCUGUGCCAAAAGAAAUAAUGACGAAUUACCAUCCUCCUGGGGCUCUUGUGGAACUGGGAGGGUGCCUAGCCAUUUGGUUUUCAAAUUUCGACAAGAAAACCGACAUAUGGAUUAUGAAAGAAUAUAAAGUGCAGUCAUCUUGGACAGCAUACAAGAUUCCUUGUUUUUUCUUUAGGCCUUUGUACUUAUCCAAUGAUGGGGAUAUCAUUGGAUUUGAUAUGUUAAAAUCAUGUUUGGCAAAAUAUAAUGUUAAUAAUGGAGAGAUGCUCCAAAGUUGUGGCAAAUUUUGUGGUUUGAAUGACUUUUGCAUGUAUACAGAGAGUUUAUUGGCUCUUCCUGAUGAUUUUAUGGAAGAUACGAAUCAAGACCAAUCUGGAAAGUGCCAAACUGGAAAGAGAUUUAAGAGAGCUCCAAUUUGGAGAACAUGA